UCCUCGAUUCUACUUCGUUCUUAUUAACAAGCGUUAGUAAGUAAUGUCGUACCCAAUCCUAGUGAGCCUUUUAGCAGUGGCCAUUAUCAUAGGCAUCACACAUUGGCUCUAUAGAAUGGUUAAUGGUAAUGGUAAUCCAACCACAUACAAUGGCAAACUCCCGCUGGGAUCAAUGGGCUGGCCACUUCUUGGUGAAACACGUCAAUACUUUACACCUUAUACAUCCUUCGACGUUCCCCCCUUUGUCAAACAACGUAUCAUCAGGUAUGGGACAAUAUUCAAAACAAGUAUAGUAGGUACGCCACUGAUAAUAUCAGCAGAUCCUGAACUAAACCACAUAAUAUUUCAACAAGAGGGUCAAUCUUUUCAAAGCUGGUAUCCAUUCACAUUUACAGAAAUCUUUGGACGAGAAAAUAUGAGCAACUUAAAAGAUUUCAUGUACAAAUACCUUAAAAACAUGGUGCUAAGUCUGUUUGGUCAUGAGAGCCUCAAAAACAUGAUAUCUGAAGUUGAAGAUGCAGUACUAAAACAUCUGAAUCAAUGGUGCGACAUGGAUACGGUUGAGCUCAAAGACGCGACAGCUAAGGACCGCUCGACGAGGAGGGUGAUUGGUGUGGGUGAUCGACAGGAAUGACUAUAUUUUUUCCGAGGAGUUCCGAUAGUACGUGUGUUAGCAGUGGAAUGUGUGGCUGAUUUGUGGCAUCAACGAAUGGGACAUCCGUCGGAGAAAAUAUUGUAGUUACUCCCUCCUGUGAGUAAUACUAGUAGGAAGAAUAAUAAAGUUUGCGAUGUAUGUCCGCGUGCAAAGCAAUGUAGAGAAAGUUUUCCAAUUAGUGACAAUCAUGCUAGCAGCAUAUUUGAAUUAAUUCAUGUUGAUUUGUGGGGUCCUUACAAGACACCUUCGUCUUGUGGAGCGAAAUAUUUUUUGACAAUUGUUGAUGAUUUUUCUAGGGGUGUUUGGAUUUAUUUAAUUAGCAAUAAAACAGAAGUUGAGUUGAUAUUUAAUCAAGU